CAUCAACCCUGGUGUACCUUCAAGUUCAGCCCAGCUCGCCGGAUAGGCGUGGUUACAAAUCAGUCUCAAUGCGGCAUCAUAUCAACAUAGAUGCCAUGAAGUCCAGGAUUCAAGGGUACUUACAAGACGAUACCCUUUCUCUUCAUUCCCCUGCCUCAUUAUCUAACCAUGUGGGUGGAUUCAUCGCUGCACCGUGGACUUUUGCUCCGCGUGGCUUGGGCAUCGGUGUGAGAUGGCUGUACCCGACAAUUCAAGGAACUAUCCGAUUUUAAGAUGCGCUCAGAGGUAGCCACAAUGAAUUACGUGAAGAAGCAAAGAACCAUCCCGGUCCCGGAUGUUCUGGUCUAUGAUCCCCACUAGGACAGAAAGGUCGGCGGAGAAUGGAUGCUAAUGAAAUAUAUUGACGGUGACAACUCCGCGCGUCUGUGGAGGUCUCUUACGGAUGAUCAGCGGGAGACGUUGUGUAUAUCUGUAGCAGACACAUGGUCCAACUUCUUCGAUUACGCUUCAAAUACAUCGGGAGCAUAUAC